AUGGCAGCCAAAACUAUCAUCUCCGCCCUUCUCGUCCUGCCUGCGCUGACAGCAGCACUCAAUCCGUCCUGCAACCCGGGAGGGAAUUUCGACCUGAGACCCUGGAGUCUGCAGUUACCGACCGGCGAGGACGGAGACCCCGACACGGUCAGCAGCGCAAGGCUCCAGAACUGCGAUGGCUACCACGACAAGAACUUCUACACCGACCCCUCCAAUGGCCAGAUUGUCAUGCUGGCACCGGGACUUCCUGAGAAGACACACUGCGCGACAACCUCGGGCAGCGACCAUUGCCGUACCGAAUUCAGAGAAGUCGACCCGAACACAGGUAAAAAUAUCGACUGGGAUCCCAGCGGGACGAACACGCUCACCGUCGGGAUGACUGUAAUCAAGGCGGAUGACGGAACGCACGGCACGGCUAUCGGGCAGGUCUUCGCUAGUGGUCCUAAGAAGCCUCUCGCGGAGAUGUACUACAGCCAAGAGGGGAAGAUCGUGGUUGGAAUCAAGAAGAGCGACAAAGGGAACCAGAUCCCCACGACCGUUGGGCAGGUUCCUCUGGGAACGCCCUUCACCUAUGAGCUCUCGUACUCGCAAGGCCAACUGAGUGUUACCAUCAACGGGAAUAAGACGCCCUUGUCGACAUACGACUGGGGCUACUCGCCUCGUUGCUACUUUAAGGCUGGUAACUACAACCAGGCUACCUCUGAUGUGGGAUCAGAGGUGCAUAUCGACUCGAUCCAGGUCGUCCAUAACUAA